UGAGUUUAAUAAAAGCAAAUGCAUUUAAAGUAAAUAAAGAAACAGUUCAAAUAAUUUAAUUUACUUAUUAAUUAAGUACGAGCGUAAUUUAUUCUAUUUUAACUUAAAAUGGCGACCUGCUCAAUACGCACCAAAGACCAACUGGCCGUACUGCUGAAACUCAUUGAUGUCAACAAAGUCGGUUUAACGCGCAAAAACUUCAGCAUCCGGCAGCGCAUAUGGCAGGUUAUAACGCAGAAACUGAACGAAAUGCAAGGUGCCGAGAAGGACGUGGAGGGUUGGAAGCGGAGUUACAAUGCUUGGCGUUUGAAUGCCGGCAAAUAUUUGGAGGAAGAAAAGCAACGCAUUAUCAAAGAUGUGGCAGACGAUGACUAUUUUGUUAUAAAUGUAACAGAGGAAGAAUUUGCUAGUGAGCCUGAUUAUGAUGAUGGCGCUACUUAUUUAGAUCCGAAAGAUCGGCAAUUAACACGUUUGCAUGAGCUCGUAAGUAAACAAAGACUAUUAUUUAUCAACUCAUCUGAGGAUGACGAACCGCUAAGACAGCGCCUAUGGCAAAAUAUAGCAGAUGAGUUAAAUAAUAUACCAGAUGGUGUUAAGCUACCGAAAGAGGAGUGGCGAAAGCACGUCGAUUUGAGCCUGUAUACCGUACAGCGUGGGAGAAAACGGAAGAAUACACGAAAAUCAAGGAAACCAUUAGCGCUUGCUAAAGAAAAAAAUGACGAGCUUAACAGCGAAUGCAAGGUUAAGGUCUCCGGCUCAUAUGAGGCUACUUACGAGGAGUAUAUAGUAGAAGAUUUUCCAGCAACAGAACAAGCGCAUGAAAAGGAUAACACGUCCCACAGCGAUAUGCAGAAUGAUGUUUUUGCUGAAAUUGAAGAUAUCGACGAUAACACUAAUGAUAUAAUUAAAUUACUCAAUGAAUCGCAUACGAAUAGUGCUACUGAAAAUUUUCCAUUCGAUAUCGACGUCGUCGAUGAAGAUGGUGAUUAUGACAAUUUCGAAAGUAUUAAUGAAACUUCGGAAACUUCUGAUAAAUACAGAAAGAAACGUUCAAAGCAAACACCAAUAGUUAAGUCCUUCAAAUUCUCGAAUCGCAUAACUAAUGCCGUUGAACAAAUACAGGCGGAUGUGAGAGAAACGAAGGAUAUGCUUAAACAAACAACAAACUUAUUGAACCGAGUGUGCAACAUUAUGGAAGAGCGCAACAAGAAACAAGAUGAGACGAAUGCGCUACUAAAACGUAAUGGACAAUUGUUAAAAAUCUUAGUCGAAUAUAAAUGUGGCGUGCGGGGUAAGGCGAAAAAGUGACUUCGGAAUAU